AUGAAUCUCCCAGAUCUGGCAAGCACGCCAGCACCGCUUUCAGGAUUUCCGGUUGGGAAGCCGUCUAUGGUUCAGGACAGUCGGGAUUUUGCGCCAGCCAGCCAGACACGCCAGCUUUCGCCAGCAUCGAGGGGCACCCCAGUCCUAACGCCGCCGUUGAGUGACAGUGCGAGCUCCACAAGGCCUCACCCAGCCUCAUCGAUCCCACUCGCGCUGGUCCGCAGAAUCGGCGAAUAUCCUUCCUUGCUAAUGAAGGGAGCUUUCAUGUCGCCACUUCUCCAUCUGUCGCUCUAUUCACUCUACAGUAAUGUCGUUCCCGACAUGACGUUGCUACCACAGACCUUGAUGGCAAUCGCCUGCGGCAGUGGCAUAAGAAGUUCGGACAGUAGUCGGUUUUUCAGACGGGCCAUGGACGCUGCGCGACAGAGACUAAUCGCCAGUUUCCCCACUCACCAGUGUAUGGAACAGUGGGAUGCAUUGCAUGCCAUGCUGGUCUACGAAGUCGUGGACCUGAGGGCAAGUCUUAUGGAAGCCACGGAGAAAUGGAGCCAUAAAGCGCCAGUCAAGGGGCUGCGUUCGCCUUUUCUUCUGAAAAUGACAAAUAGUUACCUCGGACAUUAUCCUCAGAUCCGUAACCCUGAUGUCGGCGUCUUCUCAGACCCGAACUCAAACCCAUGCCCAGCAGCCACAUCAGCAUGGGCCCGCUGGAGGAUCACCGAGACAGCUCGGCGAACGGUAUUCUUUGCCAACAUCGUCAACUUCUAUGGCAACCGUGACCAUCAAACCGGGAAGCAGACGCCGUAUUAUGAGCCGCUCAACGACGACCUCGUCCUCAACAUGCCCUUGCCCUGCAACGAAGCCGCGUGGUCGGCGCGUAACGAGGAGGAUUGGAGACUUGCAAUUGACAGCCUCCCACCUCUAGCAUCUCGCCUUUCGUCCAGCUGCAACAGCCUUGGAUGUGAAACCGUCUCGUCGGAGAUCUCGCUCAAGUCGAUCUUUUCCAAAUUCCCCAAAGAACAUCUUCAAGCCGAGCUCGGGACAAAGGCUGGCUUUGGCGAUUCCGACGAAUUCAGGGCCCUCAUAGUCCUCUGUGCGAGCGAACAGUUUGCUUGA